AUGGAUUUGUUUUUUUAUCCAACAAAAGGAAGUUCAUUUGCAAUUGAAGUUGGCUAUUUUGACACUAUUUUAGAGGUAAAAGAGAAGAUACAAAAAUAUCAAGGUAUUCCUAUACCAAAACAAACCCUAAUCUUCAAAGGUAACAUUUUAGCCGAUGAUCUAAAUAUUCAUUAUUCUGAUAUACUCGACCGAUGUCACAUUCAACUUGUCACAAAUUUUGAACUAAAUAAGAAUGUUGUGGUUAAGUCAGAACAUCAAAAAAUCAAACUCCUUCUCAAAAUGUCGACAUCGACCAAACCAGUUAUCGCGUUAAAGGUGGAUGUUACGGUUAGCCUUCGAAGGGUAAAAGAGAGAAUCCACAAAAUUAAAGGCAUACAAGUGAGUAAAUUAAUACUGCGUGCGAAUGGACUCGAAUUGAUCGAUCAUUGCCACCUUCAAGAUUAUGGAUUUUUAGAUAAUUCAGAAAUUGAUGUUAGUAUCUGGUCUGGUACCAUUGCAUCCCCACCGACAACAACAACUUCUUCAAUAUCGUCAGUGAAUAACUAA